CGCUGGUCUGAACAGCUGCUCCACCGUGGCAGAAACACAAAGGUCAGAAGAUCUUUUUUAAACCAAAGAGAAGAGCUCACUUAAAGCGCUUUCACUUCAUCGUCUAAUCACGUUUAGGUUUUAGGAAAUAUAACUUGAUUUUACGGAAUUCUGCUACGCUGCAGUGAAGUUUCACUGUGCAAGAUCUCAGUUUCGCUCACUUCAGCAGCGCCGCCUUGUUCAAGACCCAUCAGGAGCUAAUGUGAGCUGGUUUUUGUCAGCCUGUUUCUGCGAUGCUAGCCGGAGAGGAUGGCGCUCAGCUGCAGUGCUGUGUAGCGGUGGAGAAGCUGAACAGCUGCGGCCAGGCCACCCGGAGACAGCUCAUCCGCAAAGCCUCCGUUAUCCUGGGCCGCAACGAGUUCCAGGAGCUCAUCCUGCGUGUGCACGACGGGAAACUAUCCCACAGUUACCUCCUGAAAGAGUUCAGGCUCUUCACCAAGUUCGCCAGCGAUGGGAAAUGCACCGUGAAACUGCUCCCCGAAAACACCCAGGUGCUUCUCUCCAACUGCCCUCCCGACCGCCUGAAGCUGUUCCUGAAAACACUCGGAGUCAAGCACCAGGUCUGGCAGAGCGGCAAGCCUCUGACCGACCGAGAAAAGCUGCAGGCCGGCCUGCCCCGCAGCUUCGAGGCCAUCAGCCCUCUGCAGCAGAAAGACAUCCAGAAGGUGAAUGAGCUGCGGAGCAGAGCGGCUCCCUCCGGCCUGACAGACCGCAUCAACAAGGGGCCAGCUGCGGGUACAGGUCAGCAGGUCAAACGGUCCCGAAGUGAUGCCAGCUGCAGCCCGGUGAAGGGAAACCCCAGUAAGAGAUCCAUCUUGUCUCUCCCGAUACGGAAGCUCAGCAAAGAGCAGGCUGCUGUUCUCAAUGCGGUGCUGAGCGGCAAGAACGUCUUCUUCACUGGAAGUGCUGGUACGGGGAAAUCCUUCCUGCUGAAGAGAAUCCUGGGAUCUCUCCCACCGAAGAGCACCUUUGCUACGGCCAGCACAGGAGUGGCUGCGUGUCACAUUGGAGGAACAACACUGCACAGCUUCGCUGGUAUUGGCUCAGGCUCCGCCCCCUUGGAGCAGUGUGUGGAGCUGGCCCAGCGGCCCGCUGUGCUGCAGCACUGGACCAGCUGUCGCCACCUCAUCAUUGAUGAGGUCUCCAUGGUGGAGGCCCAGUUCUUUGACAAGCUGGAGUCCAUAGCCAGGUCGGUGAGAAGAUCCACACAGCCGUUUGGAGGCAUCCAGCUCAUCGUUUGUGGGGAUUUCCUCCAGCUACCUCCAGUUCCUAAAGGAAAGGAAAAGGCCAGCUUCUGCUUCCAGGCCAGGAGUUGGAGGAAGGUCAUCCAGGUCAACAUGGAGCUAACAGAAGUGAGGAGGCAAACCGACCAGAACUUCAUCUCCCUCCUGCAGGCAGUGAGGGUGGGCAGGGUGUCGGAGGAAGUCACAGCCACGCUGCUGAAGAGCGCCUACCAUCAGAUAGAGCGGGACGGGAUUCUGGCCACCAGGCUGUGUACGCACAAGGACGACGUGGAGCUCACCAAUCAGAACAAACUCCAGCAGCUGCCAGGGUCGUCGCGGGCGUUUGAAGCUCUAGACAGCGACCCAGAGAUGGUGAGGACCAUAGAUGCUCACAGCCCAGUCAGCAGGCUGAUCCAGCUAAAAGUGGGAGCCCAGGUCAUGCUGACCAAAAACCUGGAUGUAGCUCGAGGUCUGGUGAACGGCGCCAGGGGAGUGGUGGUCUCAUUCGACUCAGGAAAACAAGGAUUCCCAUGCGUGCGCUUCCUGUGUGGGAUCACGGAGGUGCUGAAGCCGGAGCGCUGGGUGUUUAAAUCCGCCGGUGGGAUCCAUUUGAGCCGACAGCAGCUGCCGCUGAAACUGGCCUGGGCCAUUUCCAUCCACAAGAGCCAGGGAAUGACUCUGGACUGCGUGGAGAUCUCCCUGGCUCGGGUGUUUGAGAGCGGCCAGGCCUACGUGGCUCUGUCUCGAGCUCGAAGCCUUGAGGGCCUCAGGGUCAUGGACUUUGACCCCCACGUUGUCCGGGCGGAUCCAGAAGUUCUCCUCUUCUACAAGAAGCUGAGGAAGGAGCGGCUGCUCAUGCAGGCCUCCAUGGAUGAUUUCUACAAUAAAGAAAAUGCUUGACGAGCAUCUGCAUCUCCUGAGCCACUAUGCACCAUGUGCAUGACUUAUGCUUUUAAUACAAUCUGAAUUUUACUUAACUCACUGGCUGAGUUCCACUGCCACCUGCAGUUCAUUUCUGCAACUUGCAGUUUUUGUUGUUUUUUUUAAUCAUGGCAUGAUUUGUAA